UCUGAGGUAAACAACAAUGGCAGCUGCUGCUGCUGGUGGUGAGGGAGGAAGGGCAGAGCUGGUGCGAGCCCGCCUCGCGGCAGAGGAGCAAGAGGCGCUGGAGGCCAUAAAGGGAGACCUGUGUCGGUGGUUGGCGAGACGAGACGUUCUGAGUCUGGAAGUUGUGCCUGCGACUUUCCUGGACGCGCUUGACUCCGGCGUGCAGGUCUGUAACCUGGCGGGUCUAGUCCAGGAGGCCUCCAUACGCUGGGAGGACGAGGGAAAGGAAUCUCCCGUGCGUGUCCCCUCGCAAAAACUCCCCUGCAAGCCUAUCAAGGCCGCCAGAGGCACCCCAAUGUUCCUGGCGACAGCUCGGGACAACGCCGCUCAGUUUAUCCGAUGGUGUCGGGAGUUAGGCGUGGAGGAGGUCGUUAUUUUCGAGUCAGUGGGGCUCGUGGAGCAUUCGGACGAGCGGAGAGUCAUCCUCUGUCUGCUGGACGUGGCUCGGUUCGCGGAGAAGGUUGGCGUGAGUCCGCCCGAGAUUGUUGCUCUGGAGAUAGAAAUUGAGGAGCUAGAGGCUCAAGUCCUAGAGGGAGACAGAGCUGGUGGUGAGGAGAGAGAGACACCUACAAAAGAGGAGAUAGAAGAGGAGGCGGAGGAAAAAGGAGAAAAAGCGGAAAAAGAAGAGCAGGAGGAAGAUGAAGUUGAGGAGAAGGGGUGUUCAAGUGAAGGAAAUGAAGAAGAGAGUGGAGUCCAGGGGGAAGAGAAGGGUGUUGAUAGCGAGACCAUAGAGGAGAGCAAAGGGCCUCCAGCAAAACGAGUAAAACAUGUAUCAGUAACUGGAAAGACUGGAGCAGCGACUACACCUCCAACGUGCCGGAGGAAAAUUUCAUCACGCGACAAACUGAGAAGUUCGGGCGAGAAAGAUACAGUCGACAAAAAGGUGAUGCAGUGUGUGAAUGAGUGCACAUGUGAGCGGACCAUUGAGGUCCACCACUGUGGAAAUGGAAAAUUCACCGUCUCCAGUAACUCAGUCUCCAUCCCCAAAUCAUCACUCAUCACCAUCUACGCACGGCUGCUGUCUGAUCGUGUGAUGGUCCGCGUCGGAGGAGGCUGGGAAACUCUCGAGCACUUCCUUCUCAAACACGAUCCUUGCAGAGCCGACCACCUCACUGAUCAAAAAGCUCAAGUCAUGAAAAACUCUCGAAAGAGGGCAAGAGAACUGUAAUAAUGUUUUAUAUCACCACUUAUUUAUGCGCAAGUACAUUUUGUGCGCAUGCGCCUACACCACGUGGGCAAGGGUCGGGCAUUAGUUGCCACCGCUGAUGGCUAAACUGUAGAUGGUCAGAUUCAAGAACAGGUAUCUUUUGGUGGAAAUACACUCCGACCCCCAAGGUCCCCGGGGGGCCGCGCUACGCGGGGCCACCACUCGCUCGCUGCUCCUUUGCCUCAGAGAUGCCGUCUCUGCUCUGCACGGGGACUACGGCUUCGCCUCCGUGUAUCGCUCCCUCUGCGUGAAGUACCUGAACGUGGUAACAGGUGUGGCAAUAGUGCGGUGUCCGCGGGCCCACCACCGUGCCGUGUGGACCGCCGUUUCCAGUCUCACCUCCCUCCACGGGACCCCCUGCUCCAUCUCCCUCAUCCACCUCGGAGGCACCAUUCGUUCGUGUCAGCGACAUCUGGUGGCCCACAACAGGGCCCAGCUGACCGAGAUGGUUGCCUCGGCAACCACCCCCGUGGAGCGAAGACAACUUCGGAGCAGAAUGGAACAGAUCCUAGGCAGAGAUUCUAUUCCCAUUCCAGUGUGAUGACAACCACUCACUGGCUUUUAAAUCACCAAAAACACAGUAUUUGCACAAAAAUUGCAUUAUAAUGGAGAGCACAGAUGGCUUGCGAUAAUAAUAUAUAUAUAUAAUUUUGGUCUAAAAUGUGAAAUGCAGAAGUGAGUGUGUGUAUAUAAAGUGCAUGUUUGACAACAAAAAAACAAGAAACACAAACAACAGUAAGACGUUUUUCUGCCGCUCCACUAAGUGGUGGGCGUGGCUUCAUCAUCGCUACUUCCAGGAGGCGUGCAGGCUGGUGUGAUGUUCUUCUGCCCUGCCAACUUGAAGGCAGUGAGCCAUUGUUUCAUUUCUGAGUUAGUCUGUGCAGCAAUGACGUAAUUGUUUCUCUUGUUCCAGGCACUCUCUGUGUGGAUUAUGAACUGAAACGACUGCUUCCGUGCGCCUACAGUCACAGAGAGAGAGAGAGAUAGAGAGGAUUAAUGAUAAAGUCAUGAACCCUUGGGGCAAGUCAUCUCGAAUAUGCAUACACCACCACGUAAACUAACAUG